CGUAUCCUCGCGUCCGCAUCUGUGCACCCGUGAGCCCAACCCAGACACGAGCAAAGGAAAAGAAAGGAGCCUGCGCCCGGCGAAGGCAAAGCGAAAAAGCGGCAAGCGAAAGAGAGCGGAUCGGGUUGGCGUCGGGUGGCAGCCUGGCAUCCCAUUCCUUCCUCGCCCUCUCCGGCGGCUCGUCCUACUUUUUCCCACCCGCACCUGGCGCACACUCUCCGGCUCGCACUCCACUCCCGCCUCCGCCGCCGCCUCCCGAUGCGGCCGCGCCUCGCGCAGCUCCUCUGCGGCGCCACGCUGCUGCUGCUGCUGGCGGCGCUCCCGCCCCCCGCGGCGAUCGCGGCAGAUUGUCCUUUGGAUUUGAGUUGGCCUAACUACGGACUGAUAGCUUCUGUAUGCUCGGAUCAAAAUGCACACUCAAAGUGUUGCCGUUACAUCAAUGCUAUUCUUACGGUCUCAUCUGCCAUGUAUGCAAAUACAACAGGCACCCUUGGAGUUCCGGCUGAAUUUUCUGAUGUUUGCAUUGCCAAUAUCUCUGAUACAUUGAUGUCGAAAGGGAUACUGCCUAUUGCCGCUUCGUUUUGUGGCCUUGGGAUCAAAAUACAAGUGUCCUAUCAGUGUGCAGGGAUGACUACCAUCCUCCAAAUGUUGCAGUCUCCAAAUUUCAAUGAUGUCACAAGAAGCUGUGCAACUACGCUUUCAGAUAAUGGCACUUGCAAGAGGUGCUUAAACUCUGGUUUGUCAUACCUGCGCCAUCUUGUGGGGGAGCAAGAUAAUGUCACGCUGAAUACCUGCCGUGAUGCUGCUUUUGUUGCAUUUGUGAGUCAAGGGAAUAUAUCUACAGUUGAUACGGCCGGUUGCUUUUUUAGCGUUCAGGGGCUUAGUGCUCUUCAAGUGAACAUCUCUGGGCCGUCCCCAGCUGGACUUCUCGCACCAGAUAUUUCUCCUAGUCCACUUACAGUGCAAGUUCCUGUAGUGCCACCCAAGCACCAUCGCAGUUACAAGCUUGUUCUAUUCCCAGCAAUUGGGGCCUUGGUUACAGGACUAGCAGUUCUACUAAUGAUAGUACUGAUUUUGCUAAUCCGUAGAAAGAGUAAAGAACUCGAAAAGAUUGAAGGAAAUAACCCUCUGGAUGCGUGGAGUUUCUCUUGUGUCAAGAAGGGUCAAGAAGGUAAUUCCACCAUUUUUGGCAGAUUCAGUUACAAAGAAAUGAAGAAGGCUACAAAAAACUUUAGCACGGUUUUAGGAGGAGGUGAAAAUGGUACGAUAUUCAAAGGUCAACUAAAUGAUGGAUCUGUGGUUGCCAUCAGACGCAUUGAGAGUUCGCCAAAACAAAGUCAGCACGAAUUUUGUAAGGAAAUGGAAUUUCUUGGGCGGUUGCAUCAUCGACAUCUUGUUGGACUAAAAGGCUUUUGUUUAACAAGAUUUGAGAGGUUCCAGGUGCAUGAAUACAUGGAAAAUGGAAGCCUUAAAGAUCACCUACAUUCAUCAGGUAAACAUCUGCUGCCAUGGAAAAAUAGGAUCCAAAUUGCCAUUGAUAUUGCUAAUGCUUUGGAGUACCUUCAUUUCUAUUGUGACCCUCCAUUGUACCAUGGUGCCAUUAAGCCUAGCAAUGUCCUCUUGGACAAGAAUUACCUAGCAAAGCUUGCCGGUUGCGGUCUUGCACACUGCUCAAGUGUUGGUGAUACUAGUGUUAGUUCCACCCCAGUGAAUACCAAGAUCCAAACAACUCCUGGCUACGUAGACCCUGAGUACGUGGUGACCCAGGAGGUGACCCCGAAGAGCGACGUCUACAGCUACGGCGUCCUGCUGCUGGAGCUCGUGACGGGGAAGCCCGUGAUCCAGGACAACAAGAACCUCGUGGAGUGGUCCCGCGAGCUGAUCGGCACCGACUACCGGCUCCACGAGCUGGUCGACCCGGCGGUGGCCGACGCGUUCGACCUGGACGAGCUGCAGGUAGUGGCGGACGUGAUCCACUGGUGCACCCACAGGGACGGCGCCGCGCGGCCGUCGAUGAAGCAGGUGCUCCGGAUCCUGUACGAGCGGCUGGACCCGCUGUCCGGCCGGUUCGCGCGCGCCGUCGAGGGCGAGGAGGGGUACUACUACCACAGCGGCGGGCGGGUCAAGAGGAAGGCUGGUGUGGAGGAGCAGCAGCACCGGGGCGGCGACGUGAUCCAUUUCAGUGGCGAGGCGGCGCGGUCGUGGCUGCCGUCGUCGUCGAGCACGUCCAGGUCCCACUGCAGCCGCAGCGUGCUGCUGGAGUGCAACUCGCCGGAGCCGCAGUCCCCGGCCCACGGCCACGGCACGUUCUUGGUCUGAUGCGGCCCGUGCUGCUCCGUCCGUUGCGUCGACAAGUUCUGCAGGCCUGGAUGGUGCAGUGCCGGUUGCCAUUUUUGAAGAGACUAUUCAUGGUAGGGAUCCGUGCAUUGUUUCAUUCAUUGGUAUACGAGUGAUGCGGUGCAGAUCUGCAGGAUGCAGCGACAUCAGGCAGUGGCCCAGCUGUUGCCUGUGACUCUGCAAGAGAAUCAUGGAGCCAGAGUCAGGAAGGGGGUGAAAGAGACGCCACGCGUGGAGUGACUAGCUGCUGUUGUUCAGUUCCCGAGGUGUUGUUGGUCGGUUGUUGCUUCGUUGAUCGCUGCAUUGAUGCGCUUCGGGAACACGGCUACGCAUUCAAUUUGCGAAACUUGUUUUUUACUGGA